CUCCUUCAUUCCUAUUUUGUCUUGUCUCAUCCCCACAGAAUAUAUCGCUCACUUACACUCAUCUCCCAAAGUAUAUGUAUGUCUCAUUCCCAAACACUAUCCUCUCACUAUGUUAAUAAUUUGCGUUCCUAUAUAUAAAUAAGAGACAUAAUGGAUGUUAACAAGAAGAAAUCACGGUCCGCAGAAGAGGUGAAGAAUAGUGAAGACACUAGAAAAGGUCCAUGGAGCGUUGAAGAGGACGCUCUUCUCCAAAAUUACGUCGCCACCCACGGCGACGGUCGCUGGAAUUCCGUCGCACGCUGUGCAGGCCUCAAGAGAUCAGGGAAAAGUUGCAGGCUGAGAUGGUUAAACUACUUGCGGCCCGAUGUUCGUCGUGGAAAUAUAACACUCCAGGAACAGAUAACCAUUCUGGACCUUCACUCUCGGUGGGGCAAUAGGUGGUCGAAAAUUGCUCGGCAUCUUCCCGGUAGAACGGACAACGAAAUAAAGAAUUAUUGGAGGACUCGUGUGCUUAAGCAAGCAAGGAAUCUGAAGUGUGACGUCGACAGUGAACAGUUCAAAGAUGCCUUACGUUACGUGUGGAUGCCCCGUUUGAUUGAGCGGAUUCAACCGUCAUCGGAAACUCACGACCCGCUCCAUGUGUCCCCCUCCGAACUUUACCCGAACCCAACCCCUCCGCUCCAUCACCAAAACGGGUUCCACGGUUCGUGUUCAGGUUCCAAUGCCUUGGAAUCAUCAAGUGCCAAGUCUGAAGAUUUGGGUCAUAAUGUUUCAGUUCCGGGCUUGUGUGAAAAUUUGAAUGACCGAGACAUGGCACGGGGGAAUAUGACGCUACCUUUUGGUGGUGGGGACUCAAUGGAGAGUUUGUGGGAUGAUGAGAAUCUGUGGCUUAUGCAGCAACUUUGUGAUGAUCUGGAAAUUAAAGACAAUUUCCUUGCGUGACGCAAGUUAAAGCCAGAGAAAGCAGACAAGUGUGUCUGUGUGUGCUAAUUCGGUGACUUUGACGUACAAAUUCGCAGGUGAAACUGCGUAAGGGUCAGUUCCAUGAGCUUGUCCUAGAGAUGAAAAAUACAUGCACUUUGGCUUUUCCUUUACUUUUUUAACUAAUAAAAGUAAGCUUCUUUCUCAUUGU